AAAGUAACACACAUCUAAAUAAGAUUAUAUAAUAUAUGUCAAUGAAUAAAAGAUGAGUUUAAUUUUGCCUAUGUGAGCAAAAGACAAAAUAGCUUUUUGCGACUGCAACGAAUAGAUGAAAAAUUUAAUAAUAGAGGAUGAUUAUCAAUUCAAUAAGAUUUUAUAAAAUCCAAGAAUAUCGAUGCGAAACUACACGAGAUUCAAAAAAGAUUAUCAACGCAGAUUUUCGUAGAAUUUAAAGAAGGCUAUUAAUAUGAAUCUUUAUAGGAUUCAGAGGAGACUCGGUAUCUUUUUAAGAUUCAAAGGUGAUUAUCAAUGUGGGAUUCAGAAGAAACUAUUAACACAGGAUUUCGAAAAAUUCAAAGAAGACUAUCAACGCGGAACUUCAUGGGAUUUAGAAAAGGCUAUCGAUUCAGGACUUCGUGAGAUUCAGAAGAAAUUAUCGACGCAGGACUUCAUGAGAUUCAGAAAAGGUUAUCAACGCGGGACUUCGUGGGAUUCAAAGAAGACUAUCGACGCGGGACUUCGUGGGAUUCAAAGAAGACUAUCGACGCGGGACUUCGUGGAAUUCAAAGAAGACUAUCAACGCCGGACUUCAUGGGAUUCAAAGAAGACUAUCAACGCCGGACUUCGUGGAAUUCAAAGAAGACUAUCAACACCGGAUUUCGUGGAAUUCAAAGAAGAUUAUCAACGUGGGACUUCGUGGGAUUCAAAGAAGAUUAUCAACGUGGGACUUCGUGGGAUUCAAAGAAGAUUAUCAACGUGGGACUUCGUGGGAUUCAAAGAAGAUUAUCAAUGUGGGACUUCGUAGGAUUCAAAGAAGA